UGCGCAGGCGCAGCUGAUCGGCUCCUUUACCCCUGGCGCUUCUGCCCAGCUCUGGCGGACAAGUCUCGACAUCGUGCGCUCCCCCCCUCUCCGGGACCGCUCCCUCCCCCUUCUCUGCGUAGUCGAAGAUAAACAAUAGUUGGCCGGAGAGCGCCGAGUGUGUAUCCCGCCGCCGGAUUCGGCGGGCUGCGUGGGACCGGCGGGAUCUCGGCCAGCCGGCCAUGGCGGGGCUGUACUCUCUGGGAGUGAGCGUCUUCUCAGACCAGGGCGGGAGGAAGUACAUGGAGGACGUUACUCAGAUCGUGGUGGAGCCCGAGCCCACGGCUGAAGAAGAGCCCUCGCAGCGGCGGUCUCUCUCUCAGCCGUUGCCUCCGCAGCGAUCACCGCUGGCUCUUCCUGGCGGCGAAAUCUCGGGGAAAGGCCCGGCGAUGGCAGCCCGAGAGGCUUGCGACGAGCCGCCGGACGCCGGGGCCUCGCCGGCUCCUGGCUGCUGCUGCCGCCGCCGUUCCUCGGUGGCCUUUUUCGCCGUGUGCGACGGGCACGGCGGGCGGGAGGCGGCACAGUUUGCCCGGGAGCACUUGUGGGGUUUCAUCAAGAAGCAGAAGGGCUUCACCUCUUCUGAGCCGGCGAAGGUGUGCGCUGCCAUCCGCAAAGGCUUCCUCGCUUGUCAUCUCGCCAUGUGGAAGAAACUGGCAGAAUGGCCAAAGACUAUGACAGGUCUUCCCAGCACGUCAGGGACAACUGCCAGUGUGGUCAUCAUACGGGGCCUGAAGAUGUAUGUAGCUCAUGUGGGUGACUCAGGGGUGGUUCUUGGAAUUCAGGAUGACCCAAAGGAUGAUUUUAUCAGAGCUGUGGAGGUGACACAGGACCAUAAGCCAGAACUUCCCAAGGAAAGAGAACGAAUUGAAGGACUUGGUGGGAGCGUGAUGAACAAGUCUGGGGUGAAUCGUGUAGUUUGGAAACGACCUCGGCUCACUCACAAUGGACCUGUGAGAAGGAGCACAGUCAUUGACCAGAUUCCAUUUCUGGCAGUAGCAAGAGCACUUGGUGAUUUAUGGAGCUAUGAUUUCUUCAGUGGUGAGUUUGUGGUGUCACCUGAACCAGACACAAGUGUCCACACUCUCGAUCCCCAGAAGCACAAGUAUAUUAUCUUGGGGAGUGAUGGUCUUUGGAAUAUGAUUCCACCUCAAGAUGCCAUCUCAAUGUGCCAGGACCAAGAGGAGAAAAAAUACUUGAUGGGUGAGCAUGGACAGUCUUGUGCCAAAAUGCUUGUGAAUCGAGCUCUAGGCCGCUGGAGGCAGCGUAUGCUUCGAGCAGAUAAUACUAGUGCCAUAGUAAUCUGCAUCUCUCCAGGAGUGGGCACUCAGGGAGAUUUCACCAAUGAAGAUGAGCUCUAUCUGAACCUGACUGAUAGCCCUUCCUAUAAUAGUCAAGAAACCUGCGUGAUGACUCCUUCUCCGUGUUCUACACCACCAGUCAAGUCACUGGAGGAGGACCCAUGGCCAAGGCUGAACUCUAAGGACCACAUACCUGCCCUUGUUCGUAGUAAUGCCUUCUCAGAGAAUUAUUUAGAAGUCCCAGCUGAGAUAGCUCGAGGGAAUGUCCAGGCUGCAUUCAUAUCCUCAAAAGAUCCAGAGCCACUUGAAGAAAAUUGCACUAAAGCCCUGACUUUAAGGAUACAUGAUUCUUUGAAUAAUAGCCUGUCAGUUGGCCUUGUGCCUACCAAUUCAACAAACACCAUCAUGGACCAAAAAAAUUUAAAGAUGUCGAUCCCAGGUCAAAUGAAAGCUCAAGAAGUUGAACGAACCCCUCCAACAAACUUCAAAAGGACAUUAGAAGAAUCCAACUCUGGCCCUCUUGUGAAGAAGCACAGACGAAAUGGUUUAAGUCGAAGUAGCGGUGCUCAGCCUGCAAGCCUCCCCACAAACUCACAGCGCAAGAACUCUGUUAAACUUACCAUGCGACGCAGACUUAGGGGCCAGAAGAAAAUUGGAAAUCCUUUACUUCACCAGCACAGAAAAACUGUUUGUGUUUGCUGAAAUAUAUCUGGAAUUUUUUUUUUCCAAACUUCUAAGAGGGCUUUUUGAAUUUGGUGCCGAAGUUGAACUUUUUUUAAGGGGACAAAAUAAAAAUAGUAUACAGUU